UCUGGUAGUGUUUGGAGCAUUGAGUUGUGGACAUCCUAACACUCAUGUUCCUCUCUUUUGAACAGGUGCUUCGUGGCAUAGCUCAAUGGAGAUCACAUUCUACUCAAGCUGCUGCAGUGUCACAUAAAGUCAAACCUGGAGUUGGUUUUAAUUUAGAGCUCACUGACGAACAGAAAGAGUUUCAAGCUACUGCUCGUAAAUUUGCUAGGGAGGAAAUUAUCCCUGUUGCUGCACAAUAUGACAGAAGUGGAGAGUAUCCUGUUCCUCUCAUAAAACGGGCAUGGGAACUUGGUUUGAUGAAUACCCACAUACCUGAAAGUUGUGGUGGACUUGGACUUGGCACUUUUGACGCAUGCUUUAUUACAGAAGAAUUAGCUUAUGGAUGUACAGGGGUUCAAACUGCUAUUGAAGCAAAUUCUUUGGGACAAGUGCCCGUCAUAAUUGCAGGAAAUGAGCAACAACAGAAGAAGUAUUUGGGGAGAAUGACUGAAGAACCAAUAAUGUGUGCAUACUGUGUAACAGAGCCAGGAGCAGGCUCUGAUGUGGCUGGUAUAAAAACAAGAGCUGAAAAGAAAGGGGAUGAAUAUGUCAUCAAUGGCCAAAAGAUGUGGAUUACAAAUGGUGGAAAAGCCAACUGGUAUUUUCUGUUAGCUCGUACUGAUCCUGAUCCAAAAGCCCCUGCAAGCAAAGCCUUCACUGGAUUCAUUGUGGAGGCAGACAGCCCUGGAGUUCAAAUUGGAAGAAAGGAGUUCAAUAUGGGUCAACGCUGCUCAGAUACAAGAGGUAUUGUCUUUGAGGAUGUGAGAGUGCCAAAAGAAAAUGUACUCAUUACUGAGGGAGCGGGCUUUAAAAUUGCUAUGGGAGCUUUUGAUAACACCAGACCUCCAGUAGCAGCUGGUGCUGUGGGGCUAGCGCAGAGAGCACUGGAUGAAGCUACUAAAUAUGCUAUGGAGAGAAAAACCUUUGGAAAGUUGCUAGUAGAACAUCAAGCAGUGUCCUUCAUGCUGGCUGAAAUGGCAAUGAAAGUGGAACUAGCUAGAAUGGCUUACCAAAGGGCUGCCUGGGAAGUUGAUUCUGGUCGCAGAAAUACCUACUAUGCAUCCAUUGCAAAGGCAUUUGCUGGUGACAUUGCAAACCAAGUAGCUUCAGAUGCAGUCCAGAUUUUUGGAGGAAAUGGAUUUAAUAGUGAAUAUCCAGUAGAAAAACUAAUGAGAGAUGCCAAAAUCUACCAGAUCUAUGAAGGAACAGCUCAGAUCCAAAGGCUAAUCAUAGCCCGAGAGCACAUUAGCAAGUUUAAAGCUUAAAGACAUUUCUAUAAAUUGGUCUGGAAUUGAAAAUCUCUCUCAAUAUCCUCAUUAAAGAAAGAGAUUGUUAAUAUAUUUUUAAGUGGAAGAAGUAUAAGAACAUUUCUUUCACAAACUUUUGUGUUUUCUGUACAUUCUCUCAUAUAACUGAGUUUUCUUCCUCCUUGUGGCUUACAAAGUUGUUAUUUUUUAAAGCAUAUCUUUGGCCUUCUAAAAUGGUGUUUUUCUGAGCAUAUUUUACCUGUCAGAAGUCUUCACAAUUAAAUCAUAUAAGUAUCAGAAGACUUUAGGGAUCUUCUCAUUGUUAGUGACAACAUUAAAAAUUAAAACUUAAAAUACUAGACUUCCUUAGAAUUUCUCCAACUUUAUAAUAUUCCAAACUUUCGCCCAUUAAAGUAAAUUGCAGUUUUGUUAUUUAAUUUGGUAUAAGCAGUUAUGAAUCUUAAAUGAAGAACAUGUAUUGAAAUAGUCAGUAAAGCUACUAUUCUUUUUUUCUCAGGGGUUACAUUCUGCUGCAUGUGGUCUAAAAAAUAGUAGGUUUCAUUUUCUUCAAGGUUUUAGAGCUUCUGGGUUCUGGACACUUGCACUUUCAGAACAUUUAAAAUGAAGUAUAGAUGAAUUUUUAUGCUCUGCUAAGUCAUACCAUAUGCUUACAAAUUAAACUGUGAUUAUGUUAGAAAAAUCUUUCAUAUUGCAGCUGCAGAAUUACUACUUGCAUAUUGUCUGUAAGAUACUUGUCUUCAAAAGCCUACUUAUGUGAGCAAAAUAUAUUUUUACAAGGAUAUAUCAUACUAUGAUAUUUGUUUGCCUUACUUAUCAGAAUCCAGUAAUGAUGAAACUUUCCUAUUCAGUUUAUUUUGGGUAUGUAUUUACAGUGCCUCAGAAAUACUCUCUUGUUAUACUUUUCUUCUCUUCAGCCUUUCUAAAAAAAAAACCUUUCUUUUUGUAGGCAAAUACUAUGAACAACUUUCAAGAAAUAUAUGCACGCUAAUGUAUUUGUUAUAGUAGAAAAAUGGAAGUACAAUCACUCAGGUUAGAAAGUUUUAGGUUGAAUUGUGUGCAUUCAAAAUAGCAUUAAGGAUUACUGUGCCAUAUUUUUGGUUAUAGUAAUCAUAUUUGACAUAGAUAUUACCUCAUAAAUUCAAGUAUAGUGUUGGCUAGAAACAGUAAAUAACUCAGUACUGUUUUUUGUCAGGGUUAUUUUAUGACUAAAAAGGUGUUUCUGCCACUGCUGAAUUACAGUAAUAAAAAGCAUCCUUUUCUCAAAACA